AUGCACUCGACAGCUGUUGACUUCUCAAAAACUGGUAUCCCAGUAGACGUGAAGAAAUUACCAAAGCCGCCAUUCUAUCGCCCUGACUUCCUUGCGACAGUCCCCCCCCUCAAGGUUUACGACAUAGAUCAAAUCGAUCUUAUCGUGGAUCAUCAAGAGCCUGUCCAUGAGGAGGACACUAUGGGUCAAGCCAAGCACAAAUACUAUAGGUCGGACAAGAUCCUUGGACGUCUAUACCGAAAUGUCAACGAGAAGAAGAUCUGGGACGAAGAUAUUCAUCGCAGCACCACCAUGGACGGACCCUCUAUUUGGGAUCAGUUGCUGACGACUGUAAAAAGAGAGGUUGUCGGGUACAAUCUUGGUAUCGAUUGGACACGCAAGUCUGAACAGGCUUGGAAGAUUCGUAACCUGUACGAAUCCACCAUGGUAGACAAGAUGUGGCAUUUCUCGGAGAAUCCGCGCUCAUGUCUGACGGAAGUUGAAGUCUUUUGCGGUUUCAUCCUGAACAAGAAAGGCAGUCAGACAGCGCGCCAGCGAGACUCAUCUAUCAAGUUGAAAGAAGAGAUUGAUCGCAUUAUGACGUGGUUUGUCAAGAUGAUCCGAGAUCAGGGUCAGAGGAACGAUUUAGAAACGUUCGGCACCAGGACUGAAACCUCUUCUGCUCCGGACCGGCGGCGAGAGGAUGUUAUAGAACUGUGUUGGGCAUGUGUAGCUGUGGCAUGCUUGAAGAAGGAAGAUGCGCCCGUCACGUAUCAUGCAACAGGAGAGCUACAGAGUUUCCGCGUACUCGCUGCAUGCUGCCUCUUGAAGGAGCUGAACAACUUGACUAGGAAGAUGAAUAGCGUUUCCGGAGGUGGCUUUACCGGUGUGGGGAGUGGCCGGCGAGGCCGGCAGCAGACAGCACUUGCGAUACGGUGUCUGAACAGACCAUUCCAGCUCAUUUUGGCGACCACAACAGCAGACCUACCGUUACGUCAAAUGGCCACAGAGAGCGGGGUCAGCAGUAGCUUGACAUCAAGACCAAUGUGCCCGGACGUGGCACCGAACGGCACAUCGGACAGUCUUGUGCCUGAAGGGAAUGCACUGGCGGACAUGGAUACUAGCGAUGAUGAUUGCCGUCGCUUCGUUGUCAGCCAAGAAAAGCCCAGCACCAUCACCGAGAAGAAACGACUUGAUAAUGCGGCGUUCCGCGAUUGGGUAGUCAACACGCAGCGCGAAGCCAUGCGGAACUCACUAACGGCCCCUGACGACCUUCGGAAUCAGUCCGUUUCUCAUCUUAUUACGGCUAGCGAAAACAGAAUGAUCAUCACAACACCCCGAGAGUAUCAAAUUGAGCUCUUUGAGCGGGCAAAACGUGAAAAUACCAUCGUAGUUUUGCCUACCGGUUCGGGCAAAACCCUCAUUGCUGCACUGCUUCUUCGGCAUUGCCUUGAACAGGAGCUUGAGGAUCGUGCAGCAGGAAAACCCAAGCGGGUAGCCUUUUUUGUCGUAGAAAAGGUUGCGCUCUGCUUCCAGCAAUUUGCGGUUCUCAACUGUAACCUCGGAGCCUACCCUGUCACGAAGUUCUGGGGCAAAAUGAGUGGCACGAAGACAAAAGACUACUGGAAUAAGCAGUUCAGUGAUAACAUGGCGAUUGUCUGCACAGCGCAAAUUCUUCUUGAUUGCCUCAACAGUAACUUCAUCAACAUGUCCCAGAUCAAUCUCCUAGUAUUUGACGAGGUCCACCAUGCAAAAAAAGAGCACCCGUACGCUCGCAUCAUCAAAAAUCAUUACGUCCACCACGAAGGAGACAAACCACGGAUCCUUGGUAUGACUGCCUCACCUGUAGAUGCGCAGACAAAGGACUUCGAGGGAACUGCGGUCGAGAUAGAGACCUUUCUUUGCAGUAAAAUCGCCACCGUUUCUGGCGACGUGCUAGCAAAUUCUAUGGAUCUGCGGAAGCAACUUCAGGAGAAGGCCUAUUAUGAUGCAUUGAGGUUCCCAGAAGAAUCGAAGACAGCUUUGCGAGAGCUCAUCGUUGGACAAAUACUUCACAACGCCCUGUUCAAAGCAUCGCUCGAGUUCACUGAAGAAGCCUCCUCGACUCUGGGCUCCUGGUGUGCAGAUCGAUAUUGGCACCUCCUCAUCACGGAAGAUGAGACUAUGCAACUAGCAGCUAAAACUGACCGGGAAUUUGCCAAGAGCUUUGCAUCAAUAAAGGCAGACGGCGCAACGGACGCAGUCAGACGCGUCAGAGAUAUCGUCAAGAACAACGUACUUGGAAUAGUUCGGCCAUCCUCUCCGGGGUUAUCCGUAAAGGUGAAGAAGCUGCAUGAAAUUCUACUAAACGCCUUCACAUUCAACGGUACCAAACGGUGCAUCGUGUUUGUAGAAAAAAGGUAUACCGCCUGCCUACUGUCAGAUCUAUAUCAGCAACCGGAAAUGGGGAUCCGAGGCAUGAACGCUUCUUACAUGAUUGGCCGUCAGUCAAGCAUAUCGAAUAUCGGCGGUAUGUCUUUCCGAGACCAGGUGAUCACCCUUCAAAGGUUCAAGCGGGGAGACGUCAACUGCCUCUUUGCAACGCCAGUCGCUGAAGAAGGUAUUGAUAUCCCAGAUUGUGACCUAGUGGUCCGAUUCGAUCUCUUCAACUCCGUGAUACAGUACCUGCAGUCUAGAGGACGAGCUCGACAACAACGGUCGAAAUAUAUUACCAUGCUGGAGCAUGGUAACUCGAAGCAAAUUCGGAGCUUGAAGCAAGCGGAAAGAGAUGCGGCUUCUCUUGAGAAAUUCAUCAUGUCUCUCCCCUCAGACCGGAAACUGCAAGAUGAAUCGAUGGAUCCUGUAACCGCAACUCAAAACGAAUUGACAACUCAAAAAGUCUAUGUAAUGCCCUCGACUGGGGCUCGCCUCACAUUUUCUAUCAGCCUCGGGGUCCUUGCUAAGUUUACGUCUUCACUUUCAAGUAGCGAUAAUGGCAACCUGGAAUUCGUUGUCUCCAAACAAGGACCUACUUUCAUCGCUGACGUCAUCCUCCCCGAUUCGUCUCCUCUCAGGUCCAUGUCGGGAAUCCCGCAGCGCAGCAAGGCGUUGGCCAAGUGCUCUGCAGCUUUUGAGGCAUGUGUUUUGUUGAUCGACAAGAAAUAUAUCGAUGAACACUUCCAGCCCGUUUUUGUCAAGGCUCUUCCUGUUUUGAGGAACGCUAGGCUAGCUGCUGACUCCGGGAAGAAGGCCGAUUACAACAUGAGACUAAGACCGGAAGCUUGGUCAGUGCGAGGAGCGUGCAAGACACUUUUCGCAACGAUGAUCAUCCUUGAGAAUCCGGGAGCCCUUGGAGAAAACCGGCCAAGUCGACCGUUGAUGCUGCUCUCUCGCAACAAACUACCUAAGCUCCCUGAAAUUCCUCUCUUUUUUGGCAACGGAUGCUCGUCCGUUGUUAAAUUGAUAGCGUCUGAAAAUCCUCUGGAGCUAAGCCCGUGUGAAAUCCAAGGGAUACUCCGGUUUACCCUCAGGAUCUUUGGAGAUGUUUUCAGUAAAGAAUUCAACGCCGGGACCGACCAAAUGCCUUACUUCUUGGCGCCUUGUACAAGCAUCCAGAGCUCAACUCUAAUUAGGGCUCGAAUUGAUUGGCAGAUCGUAGAGAUUGUCAAGGAAUUCGAAUCUCUCAGUUGGUGGGGUGCUCCUGAUGAAUUCUUUGUGGAUAAGUUUGUUACGGAUCCAUUGGACAGAGGCCGUAAGCUCAUCAUCAGAGGUAUUGACAAGUCGAAGAAGCCUUCUGAUUCCACGCCAGUAGGAGUACCAGAGCCGAGAAGCCGAUCUUACAAAAGCGUUCAACCAACGAUCAAAGAGUACAGUAACAGCCUAUUCCUUAAUUCUCGUCGCAAGGCCCAGUGGCAGGACGACCAACCUGUUGUCAAAGCAGAGUUGCUGUCGCUUCGUCGGAAUUUGCUAGAUGAAUUUCAAACCGACGAGAACCUUAACAAGGACUGCUUUGUGAUAUUGGAGCCUCUAAGGGUAUCUCCUAUCCCUAUUGAUGUGGUCUUUAUGACCAUGACAUUUCCGGCCAUCAUCAACCGCAUUGAAUCGAUAUUGAUCGCUCUUGAUGCUUGUGCCUCGCUAGACCUUACCAUCCCUCCAGCAUUGGCUCUUCAAGCUUUAACAAAAGACGGUGGUGGUACAGGAGAUCUUGAUGUGAAGCAGAGCAACUUUCAACCUGGCAUGGGUGACAACUACGAACGGUUGGAGUUUCUGGGCGACUCGUUUCUGAAAAUGGCUACGACAAUCUCACUCUUCACCCUCAUCCCGGAAAGCAACGAGUGUGGGUACCACGCUGAGCGUGUGCUCCUCAUCUGCAAUCAAAACCUCUUCAAUCACGGUGUUGAGCAUAAUCUUCAUCAGUACAUACGGUCCAAGUCGUUUGAUAGGCGCGCCUGGUAUCCCGAUCUUCCACUUAAAAAGGGGAAAGUAACGAAAACCACCAUGACACAUGACCUGGCCGAUAAGACCAUUGCUGAUGUUUGUGAGGCGCUUAUUGGAGCUGCCUACCUCUCGGGUGAAGAAGGCAAUAUGGAUAUGGGGGUCAAAGCUGUCACGCGGAUGGUCAAAAGUAAAAACCACGAAAUGGAGUUCUUUCGUGAUUAUUUCGCUGCGUUCAAGGUUCCCCCAUGGCACACAGCCAAGAGCACCACUUUACAACGGCGUCUUGUUGACUGUGUUGCCAAAGUCACGGGGUAUCGCUUCAACUCUUCAGCCCUCCUCCAAAGCGUGUUUAAGCAUCCUUCAUGGCCCUAUGAAGCUGUGCCAGACUACCAACGCCUCGAGUUCCUCGGGGACGCCCUACUAGAUAUGGUUGUGGUUGACUUUCUAUACAAACGAUUCAAGCUAGCAGAUCCCCAGUGGCUGACAGAGCACAAGAUGGCCAUGGUCUCUAACCAGUUCCUCGGUUGUCUAUGUGUCCAACUCAACUUACACAAGCAUCUUCUCUUUACCACGUCCUCACUCACUGGACAGAUCAGUGAGUAUGUUGCGGAACUUGAACUUGCCAAGGAGGACGCACACAAAGUAGCCAAGGCGAACAGGACUCCUACGCGCAUGGACUUUUGGCUCCAUGCGUCUUUACCACCGAAGGUCUUGGCAGACGUUGCCGAAGCUCUCAUCGGCGCCAUGUUUGUUGACGCCAAGUAUAACUAUUCAGUUGUCAACCAGUUUUUUACCCGCUUCGUUGAGCCAUACUUCACAGAGAUGGUCCUCUACGAUACUUUUGCCAGCCAACACCCUGUUACAGUCCUUUGCAAGAAGAUGCAGCAGGAGCUCUGCUGUGUAAACUGGCGCAUCAGCGUAGGAAGCGUUCCUUGUACAGUGGAAGAAGGCAUGGCCGCGCUGAGAGACAGUGACGUUAUUGCUGUCUUUAUGGCGCAUCAAAAGGUCAUCCUGAGUACCACAUCCAAGAAUAGUCGAUGCGCGAAGAUUGCCGUCGCAAAACAGGCACUCAAGAAGAUCGAUUCUUUCGAGGGCGGUGUUGUUGCAACGAAAGAGGCUUUGGGAUGCGAUUGCCAGCUCAAAAAAUUUCAGGACGAAUGGCGACUGGAUUAUGGCACGGCAGUCUAG